UUACAGGUUACUACUCAAGCUGACAUAGGCCUUGCUGAUGCCUUUAUUCAUGGGGAUUUCUCUUUCGUUGAUAAGCAUGAAGGUCUUCUUAAUCUUAUCAUGAUAUUUAUUGCCAACAGAGAUUUGAAAUUAUCUGUCAAGAGACGCUGGUGGAGCCCAUUGCUUUUUAUAUCAGCACUUUCAUCUGCAAAAUAUUUCAUUCAACAUGUUUCAAAUCGAAACACCCUGACUCAGGCUCGUCGGAAUAUUUCUCGUCAUUAUGACCUGAGUAAUGAGCUCUUCUCACUCUUUCUGGAUGAGACAAUGACAUACUCAUGUGCAAUAUUCAAGAGUGAGGAUGAAGACCUGAAAGUUGCACAACUGAGAAAGAUUUCUCUUCUCAUUGCAAAGGCAAAAAUUAGCAAGGAACAUCACAUUUUAGAGAUUGGAUUUGGCUGGGGAUGUUUUGCUGUGGAAGUUGUCAAGAACACAGGAUGCAAGUAUACUGGUAUCACUCUCUCCGAGCAGCAACUGAAGUAUGCAAAGUUGAGAGUUGAGCAAGCCGACCUUCAGGAUCAAAUUACAUUUCUCCUAUGUGACUAUCGCCAAAUCCAAAAUAAGGACAAAUAUGACAGAAUUAUAUCAUGCGAGAUGUUAGAGGCUGUUGGUCAUGAGUUUAUGGAGGAAUUCUUUGCUUGCUGUGAAUCUGCACUGGCCGAGGAUGGCCUUCUUGUCCUACAGUUCAUUUCAAUACCAGAAGAGAGGUAUGACAGUAACAGGCAUAGCAGAGAAUUCAUGAGAGAGUAUAUAUUCCCAGGUGGAUGCUUGCCUGCACUAAGUCCAGUAACAUCAGCUAUGGCUUCUGCAUCAAGACUAUGUGUAGUGCAUGUGGAAGAGAUAGGAAUUCAUUACUAUCAGACUUUGAGAUGUUGGCGAAAAAACUUCAUGAAAAACAAAAGCCAAAUUCUUUCUUUGGGAUUUGAUGACAAGUUCAUCAGGACAUGGGAGUACUACUUUGACUACUGUGCUGCUGGAUUUAAAACGUGCACACAAGGAGAUUAUCAGAUUGUAUUUUCAAGGCCAGACAAUGUUGCAGCUUUUGGUGAUCCUUACAAUGGUGUGCCUUCAUCUUAUUAG